AUCGACAAUAGUUUCUUCUCUUCUUAUCCAAAAGUGUAUUCAAUAAAAUUUCAUUAAUUUGGCAUACGAAUUUAUAAUGGAAUCAAUUAAAAUACAUUGUAUGGAUGGAAGAGAAAUAUCCGUUUCACGAUCAAUGUUUCGUAAAUACAGUCCAAAACUAAGUUGCAUAUUGAAGCCAUUUACAUACAACGUAUCUAUUACCUUUUACUUGACUUAUGCAUUCGAAAAUGUGAAGGUAAUCGAUGAAUUUAUGAAAGAAGAAAAGCCAAACUUUUACUCUUUGAAAUCUGCAAUGGACGUUUAUCGAAUUAGCAAAAUAUUGAAAAUACUUAAUUUAAUACGUUACUGUCGAAAUUAUAUGAUUCGCCCUGUUUUCACGCCAAAUGUUUGUGAAAUUUACGAAUUCGCAUGCCAAAAUACGGACUAUGACUUACAAAUUUAUUGCUGGAGGAAAUUUAGCAAUGACUGGUACACAGUAUUUUAUGGAAAUAAAAACGCUUUGGACUGUGAUGAAAUUGUGAUUCGUAGACUCGUAUCUCGUCCUAUAUAUCAUACUUUGGUGGAACGGACUAUCUUUAAGAUUGUUUACGAAUGGGCAAGACGUAGAGUUAACUCGAAUACAUCCCUGCGGAAAAUCAUGGCUCCAUUCUUAAUCAACAUUCGAUUUCUUACAAUGGAUGAUGGAUUUUUAAAGGGCUAUGUAUAUCCGAAACAAUUUUUAACAGAAGAAGAAGUAAAUGCCAUACAACACUACAAAGCAACAUCUGACAAUUCAAUGAUUCCAGAUAGCAUUUGUAGAACGGAUGUCUCCAGGAACAAUGAAAAACCUACUUCUUGGUUCAUAUAUUGUAAUCGAAGUUCUUUCAUUCUCGAUCAAGAAAUGAAUAUGGAAAACAAGUUUCAGUUCAUUUCUGAAAUAUGGGUCGUAGAAGAUUGUUUUCUCACUGGAAUUAUACUUCCUAUUUCUCAUAACAGCGAAGAAAUAAUCAGAAUAAGAAUAAAGAAUUUUAUUCAUGGUGAUGGUUUAAAAAUCAAAAAACAAGAUGAAGCCAUUUGUCAUAAAAGUGGAUACGUUAAAUUGAAUCGAGUCAUUUAUGUUCCGAAAUCUUCCAUAGUUCGUGUGAUAGCUAAAGUUAAUGAAGAUGACAUUCCGAAAAGUCCCAUACGAAUUAGUAAUUUGGCAACACGUUACAUACAUGAUGAAGGAAUGGCCAUAACUUUCGGAGAAAUUGCUCCGUUGAUUAAAGAUAUAGAAUAUAUAUAUUGUAAUGUAAAACUUUACUUUUAAAAAAGUUUAAAAGCAGGAAGCUUUUUCAAAAUUUCUAUAACUUUUUUCAAUUUUUUAGUUUUUAUUAAUAGCAAAAUUUGUAAAAGAAUAUGACAGUAUAUGUUUCUUCAUAUAAGAAAUAAAAUUAUU